GCGCGAAACGAAAGUGAUGUGAGGCUGCAAGUUGCUAUCAACCGUCAGUGGGAUUUACGGCCAGAGAAAUGGAGCUGCCGCAGAAGAGAAAACGAAUAAGCCAUGAAUUAACCAACUCACAGCCCUCCAACCGCGAAGCGACACCGUCCACCAGCACAAAUGCCCCAGCAGGAGCAGGAGGAGGGUUUGUGGAGGGCUCCAUCGUCCGCAUCUCCAUGCACAACUUCCUCACAUACGAUCACUCAGAAGUUUUCCCGGGUCCCAAACUCAACAUGAUUGUGGGAGCCAACGGCACGGGGAAGUCCAGCAUCGUGUGCGCCAUCUGCCUGGGCCUGGCCGGGAAAACAGCCGUGCUGGGCCGAGGGGACAAGGUUGGUCUGUAUGUGAAGCGAGGGUGUAAUAAAGGUUCAGUUGAAAUUGAGUUAUUCAGAGCGAGUGGAAACUUGAUAAUCACCAGAGAGAUCCAGGUGGAGAACAACCAGUCGUCCUGGAUGCUCAAUAAAAAGCACUCCAGUCAGAAGGCUGUGGAGGAGGCCGUGAAAGAGCUGCACAUUCAGGUCGGCAACUUGUGUCAGUUUCUGCCACAGGAAAAGGUCGGUGAGUUUGCUAAGAUGACUAAGAUUGAGCUUCUUGAAGCCACUGAGAAGUCUGUCGGCCCACCAGAGAUGUAUGAGUUUCACUGCGAGCUCAAGACGUUUCGCAGCAAGGAGAGGGACCUGGAGAAUGUCUGUAAGGAGAAAGCCAACUUCCUAGAGAAGGCCAAGCAGAGGAAUGAGAGGAACAAGCUGGAUGUGGAACGUUACUACAUGAAGAAGAGACACUUGGACAGGAUCCAGAUGCUAGAGAAGAAGAAACCCUGGCUGGAGUAUGAAACGGCACGUAAAGAGCUGGAGGCGGUGAAGAAGGACAGAGAGGAAAUGAAAAGGAAGCUGAAGUCGCUGAAAGAAGCUCAGGAGCCACUGGUCAGAAAGAUCCGGUCGGUGGAGAGUCAGCUCCAGCCCAUCGAGCAGCAGAUGAGGGAGAAGACCACCAGUAUCAGGGAGGUGUCGCAGAAAUGCAAACAGAAACAUGAUCAGCUUGAACUGAGGAGUAAAGAGGUGGAAGACAUCAGACAGGACCUGAGUCUGAAGCAGACGGAGGAGGUGGACCGGCAGAAGCGGAUUGGACACACGCAGCUCAUGAUCCGAGACCUGCAGAAGGAGCUGCAGAACAUGAACAGCAUGGAGGACGUCACGCCUCAGAUCGAGGCUGUGAACGCAGAGCUGAGGACCAUCCAGGAAGAAAAAGCCAAACUGGAGGGCGAGAGUUUGGACCUGCGCAGAGAUAAAGACGAAGCUUAUGGAGAAUUUAUACGUUUGCAGAAUCGUCUGAGGAGUCUGGAGGACAUGAUGAAGGUGAAAGAGGAUAAGCUGCGCAGCCGUUUUCGUGACACGUACACCGCCCUCAUGUGGCUGAGGAAUAACCGUGACCGCUUCGAAGGCAAUGUCCACGAGCCCAUGAUGCUGGUGAUAAAUGUCCGUGAUACUCGGCACGCAAAAUACAUUGAGAGUCACAUCCCUCUGAACGACUUAAGAGCCUUCGUCUUUCAGAGACAGCAUGACAUGGAGAAAUUCAUGAAAGAGGUGCGAGACUCACAGAAGCUACGAGUCAACAGUGUCAUCGCUCCAGCAGAGUCCUGCUCGAACAGACCACCGGCACGACCACUCGAGACUCUGAAGCAAUAUGGCUGCUUCUCGUACUUGCGUGAGCUGUUUGAUGCUCCUGAGGAAGUCAUGAGUUACUUGUGCCAUCAGUACAAAGUCAACGAUGUACCUGUAGGAACAGAGAAGACCAAGAACAUGAUCGAGAAGGUGAUGAGAGAGGUUCAGUUGAGGAUGAUCUACACGGCGGAGGAGAAGUACACCGUGAAGAAGUCCUUCUACUCUAAUAACGUGGCCUCCAGUAACUCGGCCCUGCGGCCCUCACAGUUCCUCACCACAGCCGUGGAUGCAGACGAGAGACGUCACCUGGAGGAGCAGAUGAGAGCAGCAGAGCGGCAGGUGCAGAGAGUUGAUGAACGGAUGGCAGCCAUUCGCGAGCAACAAGCUCAACUAGAGCGGCGUGAUAAUGAGCUGCGUGCUAAGAAGAAGAAGCUGUCUGAGCUGAAAGGCAAGAAGAGACAACUGGAGCAGAAAAUCAGUACAAAACAGGACAGUUUGAGGCAGAUGGAGCAAAGUGAGUUCAACUUGGAGACAAUUGAACAGGAAACGAAUGCCAAGAUCGCUGCUGUAAACAACAAGAAAGUGGCCAUAAUGGAGGAGUAUUUGAGUCACAUGCAGAUGAAGGCCAGGUUGAGUAUGGAGAAGGUGUACUUGGCUCUCCAGAGCGCAGGUCUCUCCGCUGAGAAAACCAAACUGGAGACGGACUGCAGGGACAGUUCCUCUGAACUCAAGCAAGCAGAGGUGGCAUAUACCAAGCUGGACCAGAUAAAGAACAGUCUGCUGAACACAUGCAAGACCCUGAUGAGGAGGGCCAGCGAGAUCUGUAACAUGAUCCCUGGAGAGACGGCGGUCCCGGAGGAACUACAUGCAGCCUUCAGCCAGUUGCCUGAUACACUGGAUGAGAUUGAUGCCAUGUUGAAUGAAGAGAAGACCAGAGCGGAGUGCUUCACCGGCCUCAGUGAUGCUGUGGUGGAGGAAUAUAACCAACGCGAGCAGGAGAUCCAGAACAUGGAGAAGGAGCUGGACGACAAGACCACCGCUCUGACCACUUACCGGCGCAACAUCGCUGAGGCGAAGGAGCGCUGGCUGAAUCCCCUGAAGCUGCUGGUGGAUCAGAUCAACGAGCGCUUCAGUGACUUCUUCCGCUCGAUGCAGUGCGCUGGAGAGGUGGACCUGCACUCGGAGAACGAGGAGGAGUAUGACAAGUACGGCAUCCGCAUCCAGGUGAAGUUUCGCAGUAAUGCGCAGAUGCACGAGCUCACGCCUCACCAUCAGAGCGGAGGAGAGCGCAGUGUGUCCACCAUGCUGUACCUCAUGGCCCUGCAGGAGCUCAACCGAUGCCCCUUCAGAGUGGUGGACGAGAUCAACCAGGGGAUGGACCCUGUCAACGAGAGGCGAGUGUUUGACAUUGUCGUGAGAAGCGCUUGCGGUGUGAACACAUCUCAGUAUUUCUUCAUCACUCCUAAGCUGCUGCAGAACCUGCAGUACGCGGAGCAGAUGACCAUCCUCUGUGUUCACAACGGACCCCACAUGCUGCAGCCGAACAAGUGGCGAGAGAAAGCCUUCCUCAGACGCGCCAGACGCAGACACGUUUCCUGA